ACAAAGGCAGGAGCCAGGCUUCAGUUUUAGGGAAGGAGCAAGACUUUGAUCUCCGAAACCCAGCCUAGGGGAAGAACCGGGACCGAGCCAAAGCAGCAAACUCAGGAGCCAGUCGCCCAGCAGUGGAUUUAACCCAGAGGGGCUGAGGGGCACUAUGGAUUACGAACCCAGCAUCAUCCGGGACUCGAACCCCAUGGAGAACCUGGAGAAGCAGCUCAUCUGCCCCAUCUGCCUGGAGAUGUUCACCAAGCCCGUGGUGAUCCUGCCUUGCCAACACAACCUGUGUCGGAAAUGUGCCAGCGACAUCUUCCAGGCUGCCAACCCCUACUGGCAGAACCGGGGGACCGUCAUCUCGGGGGGCCGCUUCCGCUGCCCCUCCUGCCCCCCCGAGGUGAGCCUGGGCCACGAGGUGAUCCUGGACCGCCACGGCGUCUACGGGCUGCAGAGGAACCUGCUGGUGGAGAACAUCAUUGACAUCUACAAGCAGGAGUACUCCAGCAGGCCCCUGAAGAAGGGCAAACACCCCAUGUGCAAGGAGCACGAGGACGAGAAGAUCAACAUCUACUGCCUGACCUGCGAGGUGCCCACCUGCUCCAUGUGCAAAGUCUUUGGGGCUCACAAGGACUGCGAAGUCGCCCCCCUCCAGAACGUCUUCCAGGGGCAGAAGACCGAGCUGAGCAACUGCAUCUCCAUGCUGGUGGCGGGGAAUGACAGGGUGCAGACGAUCAUCAACCAGCUGGAGGAGUCCUGCCGCGCCACCGAGGAGAACAGCCAGCGGGUGCGGCAGGAGCUGUGUGACAAGUUUGACACCCUGGUCGCCGUCCUGGAGGAGAAGAAGAACGAGCUGCUGCAGCGCAUCACCGCGGUGCUGGAGCACAAGACCGGCUUCCUCCAGGCCCUGGUGCAGAAGUACAAGGAGCAGCUGGAGAAGUCCAGCAAGCUGGUGGAGACGGCCUUCCAGUCCAUGGAGGAGACCGGAGGUGCCACCUUCCUCAUGAACGCCCAGAAGCUCAUUAAAACAAUCGUGGAGGCGUCGAAGGGUGGUCUGCUGGAGAAGAUCGAGGAAGGCUUUGAGAGCAUGGACUCCUUCAGCCUGGACCUGGAGUCCAUCAUGGAAACCCUGAGGGCUAUUGACUUUGAAGCAGAUGAGGAAGAGGAGGAAUUUAAUGAGGAGAGAGAAGAAUCAGAAGAGGAGCUGUCUCAAGAACAGAAAGUUGAUGCACCUCAAUAACGGAGCAGGAGGAAAUCCAGAGCUGAAGAAACUCCUGUGCAGGGAGCGGAUGGAUUAGCAGUCGGGGGACGGGGUGGGGGAACACUCUGACUUUGUGCCAAGCUGCAGGAGGCGGCGUCCGGCGUCCUGGAUCCCGGGGAAGAGUCGGGCUUGGCCAAGCAGGAUGAAAACUUGAGCAACGGACACUUUUCUAUACGGGUGCAAACAGGAAUAUUCCGUACAUUUUAUACGGCCUCUUUUUGUAUAUAAUUGUGACAGGACUUGACCCUUGUUGUCUUUUGUAAAAGCAGCUCCCUUGCUCCUUUCUUGUGUCCUGCCCGCUCGCAGGGGCGGGCGAUGCUGGUUCUGGGAAUGGCAGAGUUUCUUUGCAGCGGGGGGCACAGUAAGGACAGCACCAGACCUCAGCGCGCAGAAGGAGCUGGA